AACUGGAGGGGCAAAGCGGGGCGGGCUCCGCAGAGGGGAGGUGGGGAGGCGGCCCCGGCCCCUCCAUCUUCCUGUGGCGCAGGCAAGGGCCGGGCGGCGGGCGGCGGCGGGUGCUGGCAGGAGGGAUGCCUGCAGACUGAGCUCAUCCAGUUCCACCUGCGGCGGGGGCUGGCGGCCGCGGCCCAGAUGCAAACCAAGGGCGGCAACCACAGCACCGCCGCCGCCCCGGCCGAGGCGCCCCUGGCCUCCUCCCCCUCGCCCAUGGCGGCGGCCGGGCCCGAGGGGCUGCAGCAGGGCGCUGGGGGCGGCGGGAGCCCGAGUCCGCCCCAGCAAGAGGAGCUGCAGGAGGAGAUGGAGAGACUGCGGGAGGAGAACGAGACCCUCAAGAAUGAGAUAGAUGAGUUGAGGACUGAGAUGGAUGAGAUGAGGGACAGUUUCUUCGAGGAGGAUGCUUGUCAGCUGCAGGAAAUGCGUCAUGAACUGGAGAGAGCCAACAAGAAUUGCCGAAUUCUACAGUACCGGCUCCGCAAGGCUGAGCGCAAGAGGCUCCGCUAUGCACAGACUGGGGAGAUCGAUGGAGAGCUCCUGCGCAGCAUGGAGCAGGACCUCAAGGUUGCAAAAGAUGUCUCAGUAAGACUUCAUCAUGAGUUAGAAAAUGUGGAAGAAAAACGAGCUACAACAGAAGAUGAAAAUGAAAAGCUAAGACAGCAGCUUAUAGAAGUUGAGAUUACUAAACAGGCUCUACAGAAUGAACUGGAAAAAGUGAAGGAGCUGUCGUUGAAAAGAAGAGGGAGCAAAGACUUGCAGAAAUCAGAAAAAAAGUCACAGCAGACACCCACUGAGGAGGACAACGAAGAUCUGAAAUGCCAGUUGCAGUUUGUUAAAGAAGAAGCUGCCCUUAUGAGGAAAAAAAUGGCUAAAAUUGAUAAGGAGAAAGACAGAUUUGAACAUGAGCUUCAAAAAUAUAGAUCAUUUUAUGGGGAUCUAGACAGUCCCUUACCAAAAGGUGAAGCUGGAGGACCACCUACCACAAGGGAAGCAGAACUCAAGCUUAGAUUGAGAUUAGUAGAGGAAGAAGCCAACAUCCUUGGAAGGAAAAUAGUAGAACUGGAAGUAGAAAAUAGAGGACUGAAAGCAGAGCUUGAUGAUUUAAGAGGAGAUGAUUUCUCAGGAACAGCAAAUCCCCUCAUGGGGGAACAGAGUGAAUCUCUCUCAGAGUUACGGCAGCAUUUGCAGCUAGUUGAAGAUGAGACAGAAUUGCUGAGGAGAAACUUGGCUGACCUGGAGGAACAAAACAAGCGCAUCACAACAGAGCUAAACAAAUACAAAUACAAGUCUGGCACCCAUGAGAGCUCGAGGCACCAUGAUAAUGCCAAGACAGAAGCACUGCAAGAAGAGCUAAAAGCUGCCCGAAUGCAAAUCAAUGAGCUCAGUGGCAAAGUCAUGCAACUUCAGUAUGAAAACAGAGUGUUAAUGUCCAACAUGCAGCGCUAUGACUUGGCCUCUCACCUUGGGAUCCGGGGCAGCCCCAGAGACAGUGAUGCUGAAAGUGAUGCAGGGAAAAAAGAAAGUGAUGAUGAUUCCCGCCCUCCGCACCGCAAAAGGGAAGGUCCCAUUGGAGGGGAAAGUGACUCUGAGGAGGUACGCAAUAUCCGGUGCCUGACUCCCACUAGGUCUUUUUAUCCUACACCAACUGGGUGGCAGAAGAGCUUCACAGAUCGGCAGCAGAUGAAGGACAUCCGCUCUGAAGCCGAGCGACUGGGCAAGACGAUAGAUCGCCUGAUUUCUGAUACGAGUACCAUCAUAACGGAGGCAAGAAUUUAUGUGGCCAACGGGGAUCUGUUCGGACUCAUGGAUGAAGAAGAUGAUGGCAGUAGGAUUCGGGAGCAUGAGCUUCUUUAUCGAAUCAAUGCACAGAUGAAGGCAUUUAGGAAAGAACUCCAGACUUUCAUCGACAGACUAGAAGUUCCAAAGUCAUCAGAUGACCGAAGUGCAGAUGAACCUUUGUCAGUGAGUCAGAUAAGAAGUGCAAGAGAUAUAGUUUCUGUAGUAGCCACUGCUGUAAAAACACUGAAGACUACUUGUUUGCAAAAAAGAACAAAACAAAGUGAAACAAAAACAAAAAGCAAAACAAAACCUAAAAAAGCCACCCAGUUGAAUAAGAAUUCUCCUCACCAAGGUAUUCCAGGAUCAGGAUUCACAGAACUGGAACUCGUUAUCCCAGCUAGCUAUGCAUUUCACUGCUUUCACUACUACACUGAAAAAUGCACUGAAAAACUUCUGAAGGAUUGUUUACUUCAAAAAGAAUCAAAGACAAGAAAGACUUAUUCUGAUAAAAUCAAUCCCAGCUUCCAGGAAACAUUCAGGAAAGAAGAGGAGCAGAAACACCUUUUAGUUGAUACUCAUAGUGCAGCAAUGGACCUGCAUAAACAACUGGAGAAUACUGAGAGAAACUGGACCAAAGAGAAGAUGGAACUGCUGGAGAGAUUUGACAGUGAAAGGAAGGAGUGGGAAAGUCAGUGGAAGGUCAUGCAGAAGAAAAUAGAAGAGCUUUACCAGGAGGUAAAACUAAGGCGGGAGAGCAAUAUGAAUGUCCGGGAUAAUAAGGCCAUUCAAAGCAAGAUGCUGCAGCUAUCUGUAUAUUCCCCUACUUCAGAACAGAGUGACACAGCAGAACUGAACUGUCGACACAACUUGGCAAAUGGCUGGAUGGAAGAAAAGAGUUUGUUCAGUAACUCAGAACAAGAAUGUAAAGAAACUAGAACUCAGAGGAAAAACAAUGUUUUAUUAAGGAACAGUCUGGCCUUUGACAACCAGGAGAAAUAUGAAGACCUCCUCAGCUUGAAAACUCCUAAGAAAGAUACCAGUAGCUAUGCUGGUGAUCUCAAUGCAGCUCUUAAAGAACUGGCGAAAGUUAGUGAAGAGUUAUGCAGCUAUCAAGAGGAAAUUCGAAAGAAGCCCAACCAUAGAAGAAUGAAGUCACUUCCUUUUCUGGAAGAAUUUGAAGAUACCCAAAACACAGUUAUUAUGCCUGAGAUGAACCGCAUGUCCAGCAAUGAACCACAAAUUUCUUCUCUCUCCUUUGAAACAGAAGGACAAAAUAACAGGAAGAACUUGAUGAGUGCCAACAGGGGUUUGAAAGAUUUGCCUUGUAGCUCUCUUACUGGUGAUAGAGGAAGAGACUUCAUGCCCUGGCCAAAAAAAGAAGCCCCCCCAGUUCCUCCACGGAGCACUUCUCGACAUCUGACAAGCUCACUUUCUGCAGCUGUACACGUCUCUGAAGUACCCGUAAAAGAUUCAGGCAGCAGAAGCAACUGUAAGGUUCAGGAGGAUAGGAAUGGAAGGAAAUGUAUUAAUCCUUCUCUUGCAAAACAGAAUGAAGCUCCAGUGGUACAUGCAAAUGAAGGGAAGUCUGUGAAAGGUGGUGCAGAGGUAACUGCUUCAGUACCUAUAGCCAAAAAAGAGAGAGUCUCUGAGUGCAGUGUAGCAGCAGAUUUUUGUCACAACACAUGGUCAUGUGAUGUGGGCAAGCUUGGAAAAGGUACUCAGAAUGGAUCUUCCUCAUUGUCUGCCCAGAAAAGCUGUUCAGAUGGAAAUAUGGUGCAAACAGAGAAUGUGCACAGGAGACAUUGUCCUAACUCUCCUAAUGUUCUACAUUAUGGUAAUGACUCCCGUGACCCUGCAAUGCUGCCAAAGAAGACCCAAAGAAAUGAAAUGUUGGCAGCAAAGAUUGAUGAAUUUAACAGGACUGUAUUUCAUACAGAUAAAUGCAACAAAUCUUUGCAAGAAAAUCAGAAGCUUCAAACACCAACUGGAGAUCAUAAACACUAUGGCCCAGGGUGUGACUGUAUGGUUAACAGAACAGAAACUGUAAAUGCAUCUUAUGUUUCAAAUCCCAGACUCUCUGCAGCAAAGAAACAGGAACCCUGCAAUCCAACCAAAACUGCCAGAACAACAGGGCAACAAAAGCAAAUAACUGGACUUCUAAGCACCAGUGGCUACCGGCAUAUGCUUCAUGAGCAUGAUUGGAGACCAAUUAAUUUAUCUGGUCGCCCACGUUCAGCUGACUCAAGGUCAAACUAUGGAGUUGUUGAAAAACUUUUGAAAAACUAUGAAAAAUCAACAGUGACUUCUUUGUAUAAUUCUAAAUGCUGCAAAGAUAAGUGGACACAGUCAGAUUCUGAGUUCACAGAUGGGAGUUGUGAGACAUUGAGUCAGUAUUUAGAAAUGCUCCAGAUAGAGCAAGGAAAGCAAGAGUUUCAGAGGAAUUCAUCCAGGUGUGUUGGGAAGCAAGUCAAACAAGGCAAAGAGAGACAGAAGUUACCAGAGAUAUCUGUGCCAGAUAAAUGUUCAACUGGGAAAGGCUUCUCCCGGCCAGCGCGACCAGCAAAUCGACGCUUACCUUCCAGGUGGGCAUCCAGAUCACCUUCAGCACCACCUGCUGUGAGAAUGACCACACACAGUUAUUCUCUCUCACUUCAGUCAGAGACGGCAGUAGUCUGAACUCAAGGAUGAAUUUGAUGAUGUGAAAUGUGAAAGCUCUGCGCCUCUUUAUACCUGUGUGUUCUGUGAUUGUGAUAGCAACCAGUUCUACACUGUUGUAUAUCAUCCAAGAGUAAUCCUGUCACUUGACUUACUGGGCAAAACAUUUUCAAUCUUAGAUCAUCAUCGCAGUCUUCAGUGUUUUUAUUGAUGAAAUAAUUAUACCCCUUGUUUUCUUUUUCUCUCUCUUUCUUUCUUAAAUGGCUCACAAAGAAUUACUUUUGAAUGACAUCCUCCUUGGUUUGAGUUGAUACAAUGUAUAGUUCUGUAUAUUCUGACUUUUCUGCAAACAGCAGAAAGUAAAGCUGUAUGCAUGAUCAUGUGUUUGUAGGUGCAUGUGUUGGAAUAGGAAGUAUACAGGUAUGUAUUUAGAAGAGACAAACUCUGUGCUAGUGUUGACACUGAAAUUACAACAUAUAUGCCUAUAUAUACUUUGUGUUUAUUUAAAAUUUUUGAAAAUAUAAAGUCCUGAUGACAUUUAUAUUUUGUAUAUCUUUUAUAUAGUUUCACAGGUGUAGUGAAUACACUUUUUUGACUAUAAUUGCAGCGUCAAGGGCUUGCACAAUAUGUAUCAGAAGCAGGCUAGCUCAGUGGAUUCCUCAGACAUGCUUGAUGGCAUACUUGUUUGGUUUUUCAACCCUUAUGAUGCUAGGGUCAAUAUAGCUGGGCAUAUUUUUUCUGAAUUCAAAUACUAUAUGAUUAGUACUAUAUUAGCCUUUUUCAUCACCUGAGCUAUUCCUAAAAUGUUCCGCUGCCUUAAAAUGCUUUAUACGUGCCAUUUAAUAUAACCUACUGUAGGGAAUUAACUCCUAUAGUUUCAGCUAUAUUGUAAUAUACAGUUUAUGGAGGAAGGAAAAGGAUGGUAAGCAUGGCAAUUCUUUCAAAUUUGUUUUCUUUAAAAACUGUAUUUAAAAGUAUAGCUACAUCAAAGAAAUUUAACCUGUUUACUUUCAGUGAAAGCAGGAGAAUAAGGAAUGCUAUGAUUACCAAAUGCUGAAGUUAUGCUUUCUUACUUUGAUACUGGACUUCAUAGAGUGUAAGCCAACAGCUAACUUACUGCUCCCGUGAAUGGUAUAAGUGGCAGUCAGUUAUGAAGUUUACUUGCAUUCUGGCAACAGCCGACAUACAGCACAGAAAUAUUGCCUCAAGAGCUGAAGGAGAUAUGAUCAUUGUGGUGCCAGGAAUCCUAGACUGAUGGUAUUAGAAGUAUGUUUUUGCCCUCAUCUGUCUGUAUAGUAUUGGCCGUUAGAAUGCUGUGUGUGUAGGCUGGCUUAUUCCCUUCCUACCGUUUGAAUGAAACAUUGACACUAUUCAGCAUUUUUGUUCAACUUGUUCAAUAAUGACAGUGUUCUCCAUUCCAGAAAUUUUGUACCCACCAUAAAGUUGCCAGAUGCAUAGUGUAGCAGGGGGUGAUAAAAAUUUUCCUUGAACAACCAGUUAAGAUAUUUUUUCAGUUUACUGAUAUUUACUGCCUACUUUUGAUCAUCAACUUGCUGAAUAACAUAGAAAGGAACAAAAACCGGCUGUAUUCCCUGGUGUAUGUAACUUUAAUUAACAGAAAGUUAUGGAGGUAAACUAAUAUGUCAAGGACAAGUCCAUUUUGUCAAGAUCUUCUGAGUCCCUCUAGUGCAUAUACCUUGGUUUUGACAUCUAGAGAUCUCAGUAAUUUGUGCACUAUAAAUACCUAGAAGGCUAGCUGGACAUAUUGAUUUUAGAAAUAUACAACUACAGCUGUUUAAAAAUGAAGUUGUCUUUGCAGGUAAGCAUGGCAGAGCCAGUUCCCAGCAUUGUGAUAACCACAGCUUAGCAGCUGUCUUAAGUAGCCUUAGUGAUGUGACAUAUGCUCUUACUUGCUGUAGAAGGAAGGGGUACUAGCUGGCUUUCCAGUUUCCCCAAUGUGAGCUAAGAUUGAGAAGAGCUGCCAUGCUGGAGCUUCUGAAGGGACAGAGCCUCCAGAACAAAGAAAUCAUAAAUCUUCAGAGUGGGACAUAACUUUUCUCCCACCCCUGAUCUCACUAAAUGAAGGGCUCCACUGCUUUUGUUUUGUGAGCCUAUUGUCAAAAUGACAGGUUGAAUGUUAUGUGUUGGUUAAAGUCUCUGUGUAGAUGUACACUCUUUUUAUUUACUCUCUGAACCACACAGAUUCUCCAUGCUGCUCAGACUAGGAACAUGACUAUAUUUUACUUUGGCCCCAAAAUAAAUCCAGUAGAGAGUCUGCAGAGUUCUAAAAGCCUAACUGUCAACAAUUAAAUAGAAACCCCUCAGGCACAGUGGAGUUAGCUGCCAACCCAAACACUUACCAGGUAUUGAAAAUAUGUGAAUGUCACUAUGAAUCCGUUGCCUCCCUUCUUUGAUGCUCAGUUAUUUGUAUUGAACACAAUCACAAAGGGAUUGUGGCCUUGUCUACACACAAAAGUUGUAUGAACUUAACAAAAUCAGUUUGUACGCCAAUUUGUUUAAAUUAGUGUAAAACCUAUGUAUAGACCAGACCUUCGUAAUGUGAGAGAGACACCACCCCAGCCAACUUCCCUUGGCUGAAAGGACUGGUUGGCCUGAUACAGAGCCCUUGGGCAGGGGGAGAAGGAAUAAAAAGGUAAAUCUCCAAAGAAAUGCUCAUAUAUCCUUUUGCCUCUAGCUCAUCAUUCACCGUCCAGUUCUACUUAAUGUUUUAUCUUUGCUCUAUAGUCUUAGUUAUAGUCUUCUUAUAAAGAGUACAUUUUAAAUGAUGCUAAAGGAAUGAAACCAAUACUUCGUUUGUUCUCUGUGAGCCAUAGAAUUAGUGUGUUGACCUUUACACAUACUGCAGGGGGUGAAUUGGCCAUUAUCAGAAUAAAUUGCCAAGCUGUGUAAUCUAAUUUUUCAAUGUUCUUUUGAGCACCAGUUACUUUUUACUGGCCUUUGAUUCUGUUCAGUAUGUACACAGUUGUCUAUUUAAGAAUAUGUUUCUGCUGAAACUGUAAAUAGGGAUCUUGUAUCAAAAUGACCUCAAUAUUAUUUUUGCAAAGUUUCACAGCAUCCCAGCAGGCUGGCUAGCUACAUCCCAAUUUUAAGUUAUGGACCAAGUAUAAAUUCCCUAGCAUGCAAAAAGUAUGCAAUUUUCACAGUGUUGCUAUGAAAAGAAUUUCUUUGGCAUUGGGGCCUGCAAUAUACAAUUCUAUCUAGUAUACUAUCAUUAUUCUUUCUUGGAGUAAUCUGUAAUAUUCUCUUUGACUGUGUACGUCCUCUUUAAAAUGAAAGGCAGAAGACAUUUACUUUUAUCUGCUAAAUCUGAAAACCUUUUUUGCAUCUGGCCUUUCCACCACUUCUUGAUUCCCAGUGGAUGUAUGUUUUCUGUGUGGUUCCUUGCCAAUGGUCCAUAUGUAUAUGACAUACUGUAGGGAUUUUCUGUUUGUACUGCACUCAAGAUUUUCCCCCCAACACAUUUUGUUCUUAAACCUGUUGAUACUGUUGCCAUCCAUAAAUAUAUUAGAUCUUAAUUUACUGUUUUGCAUCAUUUGAAAUGCACUUUCUUCAUCAACUGUUAAUGUCAUGUACUAUAUAAAACUUGUUACUCUUAUAGUUUAAGGAUGGUUAA